AUGCAUGCAAACGACUCAAACUAUAUUCGAGAAGUGUGGGCAGACAAUCUGGAGGAGGAAAUGGCGUAUCUACGUGAUCUAGUAGAAGACUACCCAUACUUGGCCAUGGAUACAGAGUUUCCAGGUGUUGUUGCUCGACCCAUAGGCACCUUCCGUACGUCUUCCGAUUACCACUACCAGACUCUACGAUGCAACGUCGACCUCUUGAAAAUCAUUCAGCUUGGUGUCACGUUUGCUGAUGAGCACGGCAAUCUACCUCGAAACGUUUGCACUUGGCAGUUCAACUUUAAAUUCAAUAUCGCAGACGACAUGUAUGCACAGGAUUCGAUCGAGCUAUUGACAAAAUCAGGCAUCGACUUUCAAAAGCAUGACGAAUAUGGGAUUGAUGUGGAACAAUUUGGCGAGCUGUUGAUCAGUUCAGGAUUUGUGUUGUUGGAUGAUGUAAAAUGGAUCUCUUUUCACAGUGGUUACGACUUUGGAUAUCUCUUGAAGCUGCUCACAUGUACAUCCAUGCCUGCCGAUGAAUCCGAAUUCUUUGAAAUACUCAGGAUCUACUUUCCAUGCAUAUACGAUAUCAAGUAUCUGAUGAGGAGCUGCAAGAAUUUAAAGGGUGGAUUGCAGGAUAUUGCAGAUGACUUGCAGGUUGCACGAGUCGGUCCCCAACAUCAAGCUGGCAGUGAUAGUCUACUUACAUGCACUACAUUCUUCAAAAUGCGGCAAAUGUUCUUUGAUGAUCGGAUUGAUGACCAAAAAUAUCUAGGAUACCUAUAUGGCCUUCGAAGCAGUCCAUCAUCUAUGCAAGCAUUGGUUCAAGCUACCAGCAAUAUCACACUCAACAGCAGCACCGACAGCUCAAUAGGGACCCCCGACAGUGGAGUGCGGAUGGUCAAUGGCAUGGCAAAACAAUAA